UUGGCUGCUCAGCGGGGGCUCGAGCUUCAAUCAGAACACCUGUGGAGGUUUCUUCGAGGAGGACGAGAAGACUGGACAUCAAACUCACCUGAAACAUGAGGCUAUCUCUGACGGCGUCUUUGUUUUUUACUCUGGGAUUAAUACAUCCUAUCAACAUGUCGUUUUCUGCCCACCCUGAAGACUCGGAGGGGUAUGACCUGGAUGGUUCUGGCUCUGGUUCAGGGGAUGGGUCAGACCAAGUCUCACCAAGUGAAAAUACAAACGUCUUGGAUCAACCCAACAAUAAAGGCCGGGCCUUUGACGAUAAAAACUGGCCUGAAAUAGACACUGGAUCAGGAUUUAUUUUUAUGGCAAACAGCAAGAGCCCCUUGGAGAACAAACGAAUCGUUGCAGGCAUUAUCGCUGGAGGAGUAACAGGAGCAGCACUAGCUGCAGUACUGAUAGGAUUAUUAAUCUACAAAUGGCACAUCAAAGAUGAUAGAGGAUACAUUUUGGCCCAACAGACCCACACGGAAGAGGUUGUUUAACUGUCCACACUUUUGAAAAACUCUCUCACCAACAUUGAUGAUACUACCAGGCCCUACCUUUGGAGCUACUGUAAAUUUAUCCUUUCCUCAGAUGUUUCGGGGAGGGAGGGUAAAAGUGCACAGAGAAUGACAACUAUUUUUACAUUUGAUGUAUCUGCAAAUAUAUCUGUUGUUUUUAAUGCUAAUUUAUUUAAUGAUAUGACAAAAAAUGAAGGAUUGUCUUAACUUUUUGACUUUUCUGAUGUGUAUCAUUUACAAAGCUCUGAAAUUGUGUCAUUUUUACCCAGGGCCAUGUGACUGUAGCUACCAUUGAGGAUACUGAAGCCAGGUCCUCUGUGUUUUAAGGGAUGUGAUGUUUUGCUGUGUUACUCUCAUUUUUUAAAUGGAAAUCAGAUGCUGGGAAUAGUCUGUCAUUUUCCACUUAGUUAAAAAUUAAUCAAAUUUAUGCAUCAGCUCCACUGUGUCAGAUCCAGUUGCCGAACCAAUGGCUUUAUAUGAUUUUUUUUAAUUAAUUAGUACAGCAUUUUAAUUAAGAAGAUAAUGAGAGGUAGAAGAACUGUUUGCAAAAUGUGUCUGGAUAUGAUCAAAUACAAACCAUGAGCCUACAUGGUGAAAAAAAAAAAAAAAACGCUCAUGCACUGAACACUCCCACUUGUGUUUUCACAUAUUUUGUGUGUGUGGGUGUGUACAGAAAAUAUUUGUGUCACAGUACGAAAAGCACAGGUGUAAAUAAUGAAAUUAAUAAAGGAUAAGUUCCAUGAUAGCUGUUCAUAAAUAGUAUCAUAAGUAAUACCAAAUGCAGGACCAAUGGGUGCAUGCACUACAUGCAGAACUAAUAGAGGACUAAUUAUUUCCUGUAAUCCUGUUAAGUGAGGAAACCUCACUUAGCUAAUUAUUGAGAUUUUUGUAAAUGAAAAAUCUAGGGGAAACUCAUAUUAAAUAUCAGGUACAAUGAUUACGUAAUGACAAUCAGCUGCUAGAAUGUAACAUGCUAGCAGCUGCCUAUGUACUAUACAGUGCCAUAAAAUAAUUUUUACUAUUUUUGUACUGUGUAAUUGUUAAUAAAUUAGCUUUAUAACAA